CGACGCACAGUGGCACAACUGAUAUUUUGCUUUGGCUCAACUGUGAAAGCACUACAAUACACACAUCUAUCAUCAAGAAAGCUUCAUUGCGAGGGAAAAAAUUCAACUUUCUGCUUGAAGGUGAUUUCAAGAUAGAAUUUUGCGUUAAGCUUCAAUGAGCCCAAGCAGCAUGACAAUAAGGCCUAUUAAGUGCAACCUCCGGUGGAAAAGACUUCUCUUCCUGUUGUGUUUGGGGAUAAGCACCAUAUUCUUUUGGAUGACUUGGUCAACGAAAACUACUACCGUGCUACAACCGUGCCGUCCUUUUCACGCUAUGUGUCAAGCUUUUCUUCCUGCAACUGACAAUCAGACCGAGUGGCGUCGACGGGACUGUCAGAUCAAAAGCUACAUUACUAAAGACACACUUCAGUGCUCCAAAUUGAUGAGAGACCUUCAUUUCAUCACAAGACCUUUGAGCGCUGAGGAGGAGGCCUACCCGUUGGCGUUCAUCCUGACUGUCCACAAAGAGCUAGAGGUUUUAGUCCGGCUGCUGCGGGCCAUUUACACACCACAAAACGUUUACUGCAUUCAUGUGGAUGAAAAGUCUCCACCGGAGUACAAAGCCUCCGUGCAGAAUGUGGUGAGCUGCUUUGAGAAUGUUUUCCUGUCCAGCCGAAGUGAGACAGUCAUCUACGGGGGCUUCUCGCGCCUGAAGGCGGACUUGAACUGCAUGAGAGAUUUGGUCACAUCUAAAGUCAGCUGGAGGAAGGUGGUCAAUCUAAGCGGGCAGGAGUUCCCGCUUAUGAGCAGCCUAGAGCUGGUACGCCACUUGCAAGACAAAAUAUGGCAGGAACUGAACAUGACUCCGGGGAUAAAGCAGCCUGACUAUAUCAGGUGGCGGACCCAGUUUCAACACAAUGAGACCCAUGUAGAUUUUGUCAAGUCUAAAGUGAAGAAAGCCCCGCCUCCUCAUAACAUGCAAAUCUAUUUCGGUACAGCGUACUAUGCGCUCACAAGAGACUUUGUUGACUUUGUUUUGGAGAGUCCUCAAGCCCGCGAUCUCCUUGAGUGGUCCAGAGACACGUACAGUCCGGAUGAGCACUACUGGGUGACACUCAACCACCUCCCAGAGGCACCAGGUAGUAACGUCGCUGGUGGCUGGGAAGGAAACAUCCGGGCAAUCAAGUGGAAGGACCAGAGUGGCUGGGCACAUGAUGGUUGCAAUGGUCGUUACGUACGAUCAAUAUGCGUCUACGGAUUGAAGGACCUGCCGUGGCUAAUCAAGAAGGGGAGCAUGUUUGCCAACAAGUUUGAGAACGAUUUUGAGCCCGAGGCGCUUGACUGUUUGGAGCAGUGGCACAGGAACAAGCUGCUGAGCAGCGCCUCCGUUCCCAUAGAGCCAUCGUGGCUGCUGGCCACACGAGAGAAACCGUGAGCACGUCGCUGCAUGAUUUCACAGCUUGUAACGUUACGUUUUCCUAGAUCUUUCGUUCAAGUGUCAGAAUGUAUAAUGAUGUGGGUAAUUUUAUGCCACUAUUAGGUAUAUUUUAAUUUCAUGGCGAAAAUGUCAAUGAUUUAAUUGUUUCUACACCAUAUUUUAGUGUUGUGUGGUGAUUUAUCACCUGGUUGGUUGUUAUUGGGACAAAUAGUGGCUGUUCUGUGUAAUGUAUUUACGAAAAACCAGCAUUGUGGAGUUUAUUUUAUUUUUAUACUAUACUAUUUCAAUUGAAGAUGGUGACAAUAAAAAUGAUUCACGACGAUACAUCAUUGACUAUCGAAGUACUGUCGAAGUGUGGGGAAACACUUGCAAUAAAUCCAUUAAUUAUAUUAAAGAAACAAGCAAUCCGGAUUAUACAUAAAGUAAGUUUUUCUUAGAUCACAACCAUAAUUUAUUUACUCAAUCCAAACUGUAAAAAAAAUACCUUAAUGAUCUUGUAGAAUAUAACAAAUUUAUAUUUUUUAAAGCAUUUCAUAAAUCAUUAGCCCUCAACUUGCAAUGUAUCUUUACAGUGCGAGAGCAAUCUCAUAAUUUGAGAGGAUUUGCCAACUUUUCACGACCAACAUUUUAUACGACUCGUAAAGGAUUCUGUGUGCCUGUAUGUGGGUUUAAACUCUGGAACAGUCUGGAUUUACAAUAUAAGCUGUGCCAGUACUGUAUCUAGAGAUUCAAAUUGUUUUAUAAACAUCAGGUCUGGUCACGAUACACAGAAAGAGAUCUCUAAAUGUCUUGGGUAUACUGUAUGUACUGUGCAAAUGUUACAUGUGUUAUGUAUAAUAAUUAGGGCUGUCAAACGAUUAAAAUUUUUUAUCGAGUUAAUUACAGCUUAAAAAUUAAUUAAUCGUAAUUAAUCGCAAAUAAUCGCAAUUCAAACCAUCUAUAAAAUAUGCCAUAUUUUUCUGUAAAUUAUAUAUAUAUUCUGUAAAAUAAUUUGUUGGAAUGGAAAGAUAAGACACAAGAUGGAUAUAUACAUUCAACAUACGGUACUAGUGGGCAUUUCACUCUACUGUCAUUUAAAUCUGUCUAUGCUGUCCUCACUCCGAAGCGUCUACUUUUUCCAAAGCUAGACAGCUAGUGAACGACGCCUUAAUAAUCAGACUUCUUCCUUUUUUAUCUGAUUUAUUAAUAAAAUGGCCUCAAACCACUGUCUUCUUUAGACCACAAGCAUUGCAUUAGCAACAACGUUAGCUUAGCACGCUAUACAGGUUCACUAAACAUAAACAAAAAGCAUCUCAUACAAAAAAUAUAACAUUUCGCUUACUAACAUAAUAUGUACAAUCUUUACAACAACCAUACUUACGGAAA